AUGCAGGGAGUUCUUCAGCCUUUCCUCAGCCGUUCCUCAGCUGUUCAUCAUCUGUUCCUCAGCCUCUCCUCAGCCAAUCUUCAGCCACUCCUCAGCCAAUCCUCAGCCAAUUCACAGACCCUCCUCAGCCAAUCCUCAGCCCCUCCUCAGCCAAUCCUCAGCCAAUCCACAGACCCUCCUCAGCCAAUCCUCAGCCCCUCCUCAGCCAAUCCUCAGCCAAUCCUCAGCCACUCCUCAGCCGUUCCUCAUCUGUUCAUCAUCUGUUCCUCAGCCUCUCCUCAGCCAAUCCUCAGCCCCUCCUCAGCCAAUCCUCAAGCAACCCUCCUCAGCCAAUCCUCAGCCAAUCCACAGACCCCCUCCAUCAGCCCAAUCCUCAGCCACUCCUCAGCCGUUCCUCAGCUGUUCAUCAUCUGUUCCUCAGCCUCUCCUCAGCCAAUCCUCAGCCUCUCCUCAGCCAAUCCACAGACCCUCCUCAGCCAAUCCUCAGCCCCUCCUCAGCCAAUCCUCAGCCACCUCCUCAGCCAAUCCUCAGCCAAUCCUCAGCCACUCCUCAGCCAAUCCUCAGCCAAUCCUCAGCCAAUCCUCAGCCACUCCUCAGCCAAUCCUCAGCCACUCCUCAGCCAAUCUUCAGACAUUCGGUUUAAAUACUGUUGUCUGUUAUCUGAACCUUCAGCUUUCAUUGAAAGUUGAAACUGAAGCUGUUGAAGCUGAAGGACAAAGCAAAAAACUUGACUGUAUAGUUUUUGACAUCUGCAUUGUGUGAACACUUCUACAAUAUUCUACAUGGAGCAAGCUUUUUAGUCCAGGACUAUGCUUAAUCUAGAUCCGGGAAACCUACAGCACGUAUCUUAUGUCCUUUUUGCUUAAAGUUGGUCUGGACGUCUUGGUUGAAAGAUUUUAAUCUUACCGCAGAGUUAUUAGGUUAUGUAAUGACUUGACAGAGCUCUUAUGAAACACAGAGUGCAAGUUGCUGAGUACUACUACUUUUGGGAUUGGCAAAUUUGGGCUAAAGCCGUUCAGAUCCUGUCUACGUAUGCACAUGGAAUGUGAUGAGAGAGCUAUGUCAUUGAAGUUGCACGCAGACCCGUGUUUAGGGCAGAGGUACGGUUUCGCGGCAUGAACGUCUUUCCUUCCUCCUCCAAAUGUGAAAGACAUUAGCGCAUUAAUGUCUUCGGCUCUAGUAUGGUGCUUCCACAAAUACCAAAUCCUGCAUUCCUCAGUAACUGUGGGAGAAUACGUCCUGGCAGUCCAUUUAGGGUCAGGUUACUUCGUUUAACACCAUUACCGUAUCCGCAAAGAUGCUACAUGGCUAGCGUUUGACCCUAAUGAAUGUUCAGCGAUGAUUGUCUUAACAGCUCUUCAUGAAACUGACUGGGAGUUAAAGGAGACCUUCAAGUCAAAGGGAAACAAUGGUCCCCUUUCUCUGAAGGUAGCCCUGUCCCGGUCUGAACUUUCUCAAUCUACAGUAUCACACUGUGCCAAAGGACAGCAGUAACUUCAGCAAUAAUCAUGAUAUUAAUAGCUAUGAAAAUAUGAGCACUGCUGGAGCUCCAGAGGUGAAAAUCAUUUCCUGAGUCUGUGAGACUUGGACAGUUGGUCCCAGACGCAGUCCCCUCACCACAUGUCUUAGUCUGGCUGCCAUAGACUGUCCAAGCAUCCCAGUUAACAGCUUCACUCUUUGGCUACGGUCUGAAUUGUUGCAUAUAUUUUGAUGCUAUAUUUUCAAUGUAAAUAAAUGCAAUGUACAUUUGUGACAUUUGAUACUUUUUGAAAAAAGCUGAGUAAUCUUUUAGUUUUAAGUCAUAUUUCUCGACAUUUCCUACAUAAACAUUUGUCUACAUGAUACAUUUGACAUUAAGUAAUUUAGCAGACGCUCUUCUUAUCCAGAGUGACUUACAGUUAGUGCGUUCAUCUUAAGAUAGCUAGGUGGGAUAAUCACAUAUCUCAGUCAUAGUAGUCCGCUGUAGCUCAGUUGGUAGAGCAUGGCGCUUGCAACGCCAGGGUUGUGGGUUCGUUUCCCACGGGGGGCCAGUAUGAAAAUGUAGCACUCACUAACUGUAAGUCGCUCUGGAUAAGAGCAUCUGCUAAAUGACUAAAAUGUAAAACAAAUGUAAAUAGUAAGCAUACUGAACAAAUAUAUAAUUUAAAUGAGUUACAGUUCAUAUAAGGAAAUCAGUCAAUUGAAAUAAAUGAAUUAGGCCCUAAUCUAUGGAUUUCACGACUGGGUAGGGGUGCAGCCAUGAGUGGGCCUGGGAGGGCAUAGGCCCACCCACUGGGGAGCCAUGCCCAGCCAAUCAGAAUGAGUUUUUCCCCACAAAAGGGCUUUAUUACAGACAUAAAUACUACUCAGUUUCAUCAGCUGUCCAGGGUGGCUGGUCACAGACGAUCCCGCAGGUGAAGAAGCAAGAUGUGGAGGUCCUGUGCUGGCAUGGUUACACGUGGUCUGCGGUUGUGAGGCAGGUUGGACUUCCUGCCAAAUUCUCUAAAAUGACGCUUAUGGUAGAGAAAUUAACAUUCAAUUCUUUAGUAACAGCUCUGGUGGACAUUCCUGCAGGAGCAUGCCAAUUGCAUGGUCCCUCAAAACCUCAGACAUCUGUGGCUUUGUGUUGUGUGACAAAACUGCACAUUUUAGAGUGGCCUUUUAUUGUCCCCAGCACAAGGUGCACCUGUGUAAUGAUCAUGCUGUUUAUUCAGCUUCUUGAUAUGCCACACCUGUCAAGUGGUCCUCUGUAGCUCAGCUGGUAGAGCACGACACUUGUAACGCCAAGGUAGUGGAUUCGAUCCCCGGGACCACCCAUACACAAAAAUGUAUGCACGCAUGACUGUAAGUCGCAUUGGAUAAAAGCGUCUGCUAAAUGGCAUAUUAUUAUAUUAUUAUUAUCUUGGAAAAUGAGAAAUGCUCACUAACAGGGAUGUAAACAAAUGUGUGCACAACAUUUGAGAGAAAUAAGCUUUUUGUGCAAAUGGAACAUUUCUGGGAUUAUUUAUUUCAGCUCAUGAAACAUGAGACCAACACUUUACAUGUUGCAUUUAUAUUUUUGUUCAGUAUACAUUUUUCCUCAAUAAAGUAGCUAUCAGCAAAGUCAGUGCUAUUAAUGUACCUUACUCAAACAUUACCUUAUUCAAACAUUACCUUAUUCAAACAUUACCUUAUUCAAACAUUACCUUAUUCAAACAUUACCUUACUCAAACAUUACCUUACUCAAACAUUACCUUAUUCAAACAUUACCUUAUUCAAACAUUCAGUGACAUACAAAGCUUCUGUUUCAGUUGACAUAACCUGCACUUAUGAUAUCAGUUUACUAAUUGAAUAUUGCAUGAUGUCAUAAUCUCAAGUCAAGCUAUCAUAGUUGUUUUAGAUGACUGAGGAUGUUGAUGUCAAGUGUCAUGUUUUGCUAAGGUAACCAUUAUACCACCAUUUUGUAUACCACACAUCUAAAAUGUUAAAUCAUGGAACAAUGUGAUGGAGACAUGUUAUGAAACUACAGAGGUUCAUGUGGUUGACCCAUAACUCCAGGCAGUGCAUUGGUGGAGGUCUGGUUUUGCUAUAAAGGGGUGUCAAGUGUUGGCAGUUAGCCUAGCGGGUAAAAUCUCUCGAUGUGCCCUUGAGCAAGGCACUUAAACCCUAAUUGCUCCUGCAUGUCGCUCUGGAUAAGAGCGCCUGCUAAAUGACUAAAAUGUAAAUGUUAAAUGUAAAUGUUGUCCCUUCCCUUUGGGACACCUCUGCCCUGGUGAGUGAAUUGCUCCUGUGCAUGCCACUAUCCUGAGUAGCAAUGGGUUUGUGUUGGGCUACACGGGUUCCUUGUGGUUUACAGCUUAGGCUACUUUUAGAAGCUCUUGUAAAACAAUAUAUGAAUAUAUUGCAUGAUGGUAAUCAUGUGUUGGUGCCUGAUCUAAAGAUAUCAUAUGCUAAACUUUGAAGAGAUCUGUGUCUAUAUAUGAGGAGUAUCAGGUGAAUUUUGUCAUCACCUAUACAGUGGUGGGAAAAAAUGCUAUUUAGUCAAGCCACCAAGUGUGGCAGUUCCUCCCACUGAAAAAGAGAUGAGAGGCCUGUACAUGUUUCAUACUAGGUACACGUCAAACUAUGACCAGACCAAAUGGAGGAAAAUAAAUCCAAAAAUCACCAUUGUAGGAUUUUUAAUGAAAUUUAUUGGCAUAUGAUGGUGGAAAAUAAGUAUUUGGUCAAUAACAUAAAGUUUCUCUAAUACUUUUGGUAUAUACCCUUUAUUGGCAAUGACACAGGUCAAACGUUUUCUGUAAGUCUUCACAAGGUUUUCACACACUGUUGCUGGUAUUUUGGCCCAUUCCUCCAUGCAGAUCUCCUCUAGAGCAGUGAUGUUUUGGGGCUGUCGCUGGGCAACACAGACUUUCAACUCCCUCCAAAGAUUUUCUAUGGGGUUGAGAUCUGGAGACUGGCUAGGCCACUCCAGGACCUUGAAAUGCUUCUUACGAAGCCACUCCUUCGUUGCCCGGGCGGUGUGUUUGGGAUCAUUGUCAUGCUGAAAGACCCAGCCACGUUUCAUCUUCAAUGCCCUUGCUGAUGGAAGGAGGGUUUCACUCAAAAUCUCACGAUACAUGGCCCCAUUCAUUCUUUCCUUUACACGGAUCAGUCGUCCUGGUCCCUUUGCAGAAAAACAGCCCCAAAGCAUGAUGUUUCCAACCCCAUGCUUCACAGUAGGUAUGGUGUUCUUUGGAUGCAACUCAGCAUUCUUUGUCCUCCAAACAUGACGAGUUGAGUUUUUACCAAAAAGUUAUAUUUUGGUUUCAUCUGACCAUAUGACAUUCUCCCAAUCCUCUUCUGGAUCAUCCAAAUGCACUUCAGACGGGCCUGGACAUGUACUGGCUUAAGCAGGGGGACACGUCUCGCACUGCAGGAUUUGAGUCCCUGGCGGCGUAGUGUGUUACUGAUGGUUGGCUUUGUUACUUUGGUCCCAGCUCUCUGCAGGUCAUUCACUAGGUCCCCCCGUGUGGUUCUGGGAUUUUUGCUCACCGUUCUUGUGAUCAUUUUGACCCCACGGGGUGAGAUCUUGCGUGGAGCCCCAGAUCGAGGGAGAUUAUCAGUGGUCUUGUAUGUCUUCCAUUUCCUAAUAAUUGCUCCCACAGUUGAUUUCUUCAAACCAAGCUGCUUACCUAUUGCAGAUUCAGUCUUCCCAGCCUGGUGCAGGUCUACAAUUUUGUUUUUGGUGUCCUUUGACAGCUCUUUGGUCUUGGCCAUUGUGAAGUUUGGAGUGUGACUGUUUGAGGUUGUGGACAGGUGUAUUUUAUACUGAUAACAAGUUCAAACAGGUGCCAUUAAUACAGGUAACAAGUGGAGGACAGAGGAGCCUCUGAAAGAAGAAGUUACAGGUCUGUGAGAGCCAGAAAUCUUGCUUGUUUGUAGGUGACCAAAUACUUAUUUUCCACCAUAAUUUGCAAAUAAAUUCAUUAAAAAUCCUACAAUGGGAUUUUCUGGAUUUUUUUUCCUCAAUUUGUCUGUCAUAGUUGACGUGUACCUAUGAUGAAAAUUACAGGCCUCUCUCAUCUUUUUAAGUGGGAGAACUUGCACAAUUGGUGGCUGACUAAAUACUUUUUUUCCCCACUGUAAGAGCUUCAUGUACCAAGACAUUGAGUUACAAGUUGAAACAUCAAGAGAUAAUCAAGAAAACUAUCUGCAUUUUGUGGUUUCAUACUGUCACAUAAACGUUUUGGCAACAGUCUCUUGUUCCUACCCAAGCAUACAAAGAGCCCUUCUAUCUCAGAUACUUCAGGAGGAUUAUAUCUCCCUUUUAUCUGUCCACCCAGCCCUGAGGUAAACACAGAGCGUUUUACAUGCUCCACCACAUUAAGUCAUCGAAAGCCUUCCCUGGCAUUUACAAGACCAUCCUGACCUAGCACUGAUGUCCAACCCCAAAGUCGAGUGCUGAACUAUCUUCCCCUGAGCUCUACGUCAUGGCCAAAGAACUCUGAGCCUGCUUGUGUUUCAGUCAAGGAGAACUCAUGGUGACCUCUAUAUUGUUUCAAGGUGAAAUGCCUCCUCAUUGGGUAUAUUCAGUUAGCAUGCAGCUGCCUUAGCUGACCCGUGGUAGUACAUGUAGGUGGUAUUUGGCCCCUUGGAAGUCAUUCAGUCACAUGUGUAUCCGACUAGCCGCUAUGACAAUUUCCGGCUCUCCAUUCUUUCUCUACCUCUUGCUUUCUCUAUCUCUUUUUCUGUGUGUGUGAGAGAGAGAGGCAGAGAGAGAGAGAGAGACACAGAGAGAGACAGAGAGAGAGAGAGAGAGAGGCAGAGAGAGAGCCAAAGAGAGAGGGUGAGAGAGAGAGAAAGAGGCAGAGAGAGAGCCAAAGAGAGAGGGCGAGAAAGAGUCUGCGGUCAGAGGAGAAGUUAACAUGCUCCCACAGAGAGACCAUGAGAGAGAGAGAGAGAGAAAGCAAAAGAAAGAGAGAGCAAGAGAGAGAGAGACAGAAAGAGAGAGAGAGAGAGAGACAGCGAGAGAGAGGGAUACAGAGAUAUAAACUUCCCAGGGUCAAUGUGGAGUGGAUCCAGUGUUUAGGCCAGUGUGUUUAUGAGCGUGUCAGUCUGGGGUCAGGGGAGAUGUUAACAUGCUCCCACAGGAACACAGCCAGUCACAAACAAGGAAGACCACGAGUGUUUCAAAUACCUGCUCUACUACUCACUGGGUUUGCAUUUGCUGAGUUAGCAAAGACAUUCCAGUCAGAUAAAUCGGUCUAGCAGAGUUUAAAUGCCAUGUCUUUCACUUCAUUUUUUCUUAUCAGAUGUAACGUCACUAGAAGUGCCUUCAAUGUUAUCACUAUAUUAUCACAACUAAUACUAUUAAUACAAAAAAAAGUAUAAUAUGCAAUUAAGUUAAUUGUGUUUUCCGACUGUCUUGUUUAAUGUUUCACAGGUUAUUGGUGGGAGCUCCAUAUGAAACCAAUGGUCACCACCAGACAGGGGAUGUGUACAAAUGCCCAUUGGGCAAACGGUCCAACGGCAGCUGUUCCAAACUCAACCUAGGUGCAGUAUAACUAGCAACUCUCACAGACUGACAUACACCUAUUGGGCCCCAUGAGACUGAUGUGUGUGUGUGUCUGUGUCUGUGUGUCUGUGUGUCUGUGUGUGUGUGUGUGUCUGUGUGUGUGUGUGUCUGUGUGUGUGUGUCUGUGUGUGUGUGUGUGUGUGUGUGUGUGUGUGUGGGUGUGUGUGUGUCUGUGUGUGUGUGUGCGUGCGUGCGUCUGUGUCUGUGUGUACGUGUCUGUGUGUCUGUGUGUGGAUGUGUGUGUGUGUCUGUGUGUCUGUGUGUGUGUGUGUGUGUGUGUGCGUGCGUGUGUGUCUGUGUCUGUGUGUGUGUCUGUGUGUGUGUCUGUGUGUCUGUGUGUGUGUGUGUGUGUGUGUGUGCGUGCGCGUGCGUGUGUGUCUGUCUGUGUCUGUGUGUGUGUGUGUGCAUGUGUGUGUCUGUGUGUGUGUGUGUGUGUUGUAGCCAUUAGAGUGUGUGCAUGUGUAAUGUGUGUAUGUGCACAGUACGUGCCUUAUAUGUGUGUCAUAGGUUGUGUGGGAGUGAAAUCUGGGGACCAUGCUGUUCAUUCCACCUUUAACAGUUUUAUGUACAUUUCCACAUCUGUAUCCUCCUAGGCAUCACACCACACGUCCACAUGUUUCCUCAGAUGAGACCCAUCUGUACCGUGUUGUACAGAGAGACACAGCAAGAUGUGUGAACUAGCUGGCAGAUAUUGUAUGAUGUAGACACUGCUGCGCCUGGCUUGACAACUUUAACGAACCUAGUUCCCAGAAGCGCAUAGUCCUUUCCUGCAGUCAAAUGACCAAAUCUCCCUCUAGUGGCCUCAUGGGUGGAAUGUUAAUAUUUUUAAAUAAUUUUUUACAACAUUUUUGUUGAAAAUCCGUUGUUUCUAUGUCAAACGGUUUUGUUAUAUUUCAGUCUUCUGUGAUCCAUAGAAAUUGUAGUAUUGGGAUAAAAUGUAAUACAUUUCAGCUCUAUAUCUGACAUGGUACAGGUGUCUUCUUUUUAAAGCCCAUAACCAUGUGUGUGAGGUGUAUACUUUUGUUUCAGAGUAGAUUUGUUUAAGACUACCGAGAAACACUCUGUGUGACACUGAUUUAGCCCACUGCAGUAAAAAGCUCUGCACGCUGCCUCAAAGGACAGGUGUUCGUCCUUUAGUUGGGAGAUCUAGUAUCAUCUUCUUAACUGCCAUUAUAUUGCCUUUAUUUGUAGUCAGUGGUUUUGCAGAAGCUUGUGAAGCGACUUGCCGCCGGUACAUAGCAUAAGUGAAAAAUAUACGCAAAAGUCUUCAAAAGCUGUAUUAACAUCAAGCUAUUAGAAUAAACAUUGUUGUUUCUUUGAACACUCUCUUUUCUUGUUCCUCAAGGAAGGAUAUCUCUAACCAAUGUCGCCGAGCGAAAAGACAAGAUGAGGCUGGGGAUGACCCUGACAACCAACCCCAAAGACAACAGCUUUGUGGUUAGUGGUGAACACACAGUCUAUCAAAAGUAUGGUGCCAUCAUGUGUGGUUUUCACAGAGACUAACUUGGUGGUCAAUUUCAGGGGUACGUGACGAACAGUGGAGGCUGCUGAGGGGAGGACGGCUGAAAAUAAUGGCUGGAACGGAGCGAAUGGAAUGGCAUUAAACCAUGUGUUUUGAUGUAUGUGAAACCAUUCCACCAAUUCCGCUCCAGCCAUUACCAAGAGCCCGUCCUCCCCAAUUAAGGUACCACCAACCUCCUGUGGUGAAGAACCCCAAAAAAAAAACUGUUCCUGUUGACCUUUUCAUCCAGCGUAGGCCCAUGGUACACAGUACAUGUCUCAGGGUGGUCUUGCUGUGCUGAUUGUGUUUUAUUGUGCGUUGUAUAGGCCUGUGGACCCUUAUGGUCCUAUGAGUGUGGCAGCUCAUACUACAGCACUGGGAUAUGCUCCCGGGUCAACGCCAGCUUCAAAUUCUCCAAAACCAUAGCUCCAGCCUUCCAGAGUAAGUACAGAGCACUUCCCUUUCCUGUUUGGCAAUGUUUUAUGGAUCUCAUUCCAUAAGUAUAAGUCAUUAUUGAUUCUAAUGCAUUAUACUGUUUCCCAUUGCUCAAGACAUUAUAUUUUUUGUCUUUCUCUGCUAGGGUGCGAGACCUACAUGGACAUAGUGAUUGUUCUGGAUGGUUCCAACUCCAUCUACCCCUGGACGGAGGUGCAAUCCUUUCUUAUCAACAUUCUACAGAAGUUCUACAUCGGACCAGGCCAGAUACAGGUGAGUUAUGGGAAAUGUGUCACUCUGGCUAACCUGGUUGAAAUAAAUGAUGCCUGAAGUUUUCAUGGUUCAACUCCAGGCCUGGACUGCCAAAGAAUGAAGUUGUCUAAGUCUAAGUUGCUGAUUAGUGGAAAGAAAACCAGACGUGAUUUGUCCCUCCAGACCUGGAGUUAAACAUGUCAUAAUGCAUGUGCGUGAUGUUGUCCAGGUUGGAGUGGUGCAGUAUGGGGAGAAGGUGGUGCACGAGUUCCAUCUGAAUGACUACAAGUCAGUGGAGGAGGUGGUGAAGAGAGCAAGCAACAUCCACCAGCGAGGCGGAGAGGAGACCAACACGGCACUCGGCAUCAACGUCGCUCGGUAAAACUCCCCAACUGAUAUGAAACUACAUCAGAAAUAUCCCUAAUAUUAAAUCAGUUUAGAAUUUAAAGUUGUCUAUCUAUUGUAUCUUACAACAAAUACAACAAUAAUGACAUACAGUAAAGUAUGGUAAAAUUACAUUAGGUAAUAGUAAUAGAAGACUAGAACAAAACUUUAAACACUGUAACUUUAUUCUGGGGUUAUUAUUCAAAUCCCACUUUUUGGCUAUAAACUUUUAACCUUUCAAAUAUGAAUUGAAUAAAUCACAUGCCACAGCUCAGAAGCAUUCAAGCGAGGAGCCCGACGAGGCGCCAAGAAGGUGAUGAUCGUGAUCACUGACGGGGAGUCACAUGACAGCCCUGACCUUCAGCAGGCCAUUGAGGACAGCGAGAAGGAUGGCAUCACCCGCUACGCCAUCGCUGUGAGUCACCCUCUCUGUCUCCUUCCUGUCCUCUCUCCCGCUACGCCAUCGCUGUGAGUCACCCUCUCCGUCUCCUUCCUGUCCUCUCUCCCGCUACGCCAUCGCUGUGAGUCACCCUCUCCAUCUCCUUCCUGUCCUCUCUCCCGCUACGCCAUCGCUGUGAGUCACCCUCUCCAUCUCCUUCCUGUCCUCUCUCCCGCUACGCCAUCGCUGUGAGUCACCCUCUCCAUCUCCUUCCUGUCCUCUCUCCCGCUACGCCAUCGCUGUGAGUCACCCUCUCUGUCUCCUUUCUCUCUCCCGCUACACCAUCGCUGUGAAUCACCCUCUCCGUCUCCUUCGUGUCCUCUCUCCCGCUACGCCAUCGCUGUGAGUCACCCUCUCUGUCUCCUUUCUCUCUCCCGCUACACCAUCGCUGUGAGUCACCCUCUCUGACUCCUUCCUGUCCUCUCUCCCGCUACGCCAUCGCUGUGAGUCACCCUCUCUGUCUCCUUUCUCUCUCCCGCUACACCAUCGCUGUGAAUCACCCUCUCCGUCUCCUUCUUGUCCUCUCUCCCGCUACGCCAUCGCUGUGAGUCACCCUCUCUGUCUCCUUUCUCUCUCCCGCUACACCAUCGCUGUGAGUCACCCUCUCUGUCUCCUUCCUGUCCUCUCUCCCGCUACACCAUCGCUAUGAGUCACCCUCUCUGUCUCCUUCCUGUCCUCUCUCCCUUGUUUUUCCACUGCCGUUGCUCUGAUGUCAAAAAGUUAUCAAAAUGUCAUAAACCACAAAAUGUAAACAUAAGUGGAGACACCUGGUUAUUUUUGGAGGCAUGAAGCAAUGUUACGGUAGCUAGCAAAGAGAGAAGGAGCGGUAACUAACUAGCUAACUGCCAAUAAGUGAAUUGGUUCACCCCACAUUUAACUAACUAGCACAAUUAACUGACAGCUAGCAAGUAGGCUAGCUAUAGUUAUUAAAUGCAUUUACAGUUAGUCAGCUGCUGCAUCUACUCUCUUUUGCUAGCUACCAUAAUACUGCUACGUGCCUCCAUAAUGACAAGGUGGCUACAGUUAAUGUCAGACAAUGUUAACUUUUUGUGGUUUGGGACAUAUACACUUUUAACGCACAUUGGGAUGUGACUUCAUGGAUGUGAUGUGAGCUUCACCAGUGCUCGAAAGAGUACAGAGGUUUAUACAGAGCUCAAACUGUUAAGUGCCCUCUCAGAACGUAUACACAGCCAGCCAAGUGGUUGAAGGUGUGAAUGAUCUUUCCUAGCCCACAGAACACUUUGAUUGAUAGCGCUUUGGCACGGGGUUCUCCUGAGCUUAUUCAGCCCAUAGAUGAUGAGGUGAGGGGGCCCAGUCAAACCAGGCCAUGGGCAUCUGAGAAGAGAAGGGAGGUGCCGAGUUCAUUUGGUUGCUGACAGCUGGAAUUUGUGACAGCAGGCAGCAGGGACACAGUCCACCAAAGGAUUGGAAGUUGGAACCACCCUUCUCUGGUUAAACUUCUAAGUCUAUCUAAAGUGUGCCAGUUUUCAAACCCAUUGGUUUGUGUGGGCAACAGGAUUUUUGAGUCACAGUUCAUAUGUGAGAUGGCUCUAUCUAGGGCACUCUACAGCAAAGUCUGGUGAUUGAUGUCUCUGCCUGAUUGUCCCUAGGUGCUUGGCUACUACAACCGGCGUGGAAUCAACCCAGAGGCAUUCCUGAAUGAAAUCAAGUAUAUCGCCAGUGACCCCGAUGACAAGCACUUCUUCAAGGUGACUGACGAGUCUGCCUUGAAGGACAUUGUGGACGCGCUUGGGGAUAGGAUCUUCAGUUUGGAAGGUAGGGUAUUCCAUAUAAUGCUGUAAAACAACCAUCUGUAAAGACAGCCACAACAUUUAGGCAUUACUCUGAGGUAGGUCAUUGAGUUAUACACUCAGCCCAUUCUAGACUGUGAUGUUCUACAAGCCAACAUGUACAACGACUAUAUCAAUGUGUUAGAAAUGUCUAUACCACCAUGACCCUACUACUACGCUUAUGGCUAAAACACCUUUGGAUUCUAUGCUGUCCUGUGAACUAGACCCAAGUAAUUUCUUCUUCCUGAACUCACCUGAUCUUCCUCUACAGGGACCAAUAAGAACGGGACGGCCUUUGGCCUCCAGAUGUCCCAGGCUGGCUUCUCUUCACACUUUGUGGAGGUGAGUUCCCCCCCCCCCCCCACACACACACACGUCUGCACUUUCUUCUACUUUUGACAGGUUUCCAUUCCUCCAUCCCAUCCCUCACUCUCCAGGCCCCCAGGAGGGCCUGCUGUGUGGCCCCAGAGGCUGAGGUCAUCCUGAUUUAGGGGCCCCUCACUGACGAGACAGGCCUUCCAGAGAUGGGAAUAAAACACUGUUAAGUCCCCAGGGAGUCAUAUCGUAGCAGAGAAGGCUCAGAGAAGGUCUCACGAGAGAGUUGUAAAACGUUGGGGUGUUUUUCCUGGAAGUUUUGGUUGCAUUCAGACUUGAUAGGGGCAGGUGUGUUGGCUUUGGGCUUGACACAGCUGAAGAGGUAUCCGCAAGUGUCUGUCCAACUCCUGUUUUCUACUGUACCUGCUGUCCCCAUCCUCCCCCAUGUACCUGCUGUCCCCAUCCUCCCCCAUGUACCUGCUGUCCCCAUCCUCCCCCAUGUACCUGCUGUCCCCAUCCUCCCCCAUGUACCUGCUGUCCCCAUCCUCCCCCAUGUACCUGCUGUCCCCAUCCUCCCCCAUGUACCUGCUGUCCCCAUCCUCCCCCAUGUACUUGCUGUCCCCAUCCUCCCCCAUGUACCUGCUGUCCCCAUCCUCCCCCAUGUACCUGCUGUCCCCAUCCUCCCCCAUGUACCGCUCUUCAUUUAUUUUUUCUCUCUCCAUCUGCGUCCCAGAUUCAGGUUUGCUGACGCAAUAGCUUUGAUUUUACAGUUCCACGCUACAGUUGAAGCACAACCUGACUAGGGAACAAUAAAUAUAUCCCUUUUUCUUAAAACAAUAAAUAGGAAAACUGCAGCUGGGUGACUGGGAUGGCUGGAAAUUCCGUACUCCAGAAGGCUGGAUUCCAGGGAUAGCACUUUCUCAACAAAGGCAACCCGAGUGUUGAGAGUAGGAUAACUUGUUGGAAAGACUUCAGGAACCUUAAAGGAGAAAAACUGUCCCAAAAGACCAGAUGGUUUUGUUGAAUGUGGAGUUUGCCAGCUUGAUUCUGCUCAAGUCCUACAUACCCAGACAUCCUAUUCUCCAAUGCAGUCCAGCUAGCCAGAUAUCUAUCAAUUUGUUUAUUGCUAUGGCUUGCUCCAUCUCAGAGUAAUAAUGUUGAAAAGUGAUUCCCAGAUAUAAGGCAUUGUUUCACACACAGUUGUGUGUGUAAAUGACCGCAGGUUGGACGAUGAGAAUGGACAUGUUCCAGGUCGUCUUUAUUGCAGUUUUUCAGAUCACAACAAGCCUGGAGAGGUGUAUAACAUCUCUGGAGUCACAUUCAUAAGGUACAGCGAUCUUCUGAGAUGCACAACUAUUUAAAAAGAAGACGACGGCCAGGAACGCCACCAUUGGCUCUACUAAGUCUUAAUAAAUACAAAUAUCUCUUGGCCAGCUUCACAACCAUUUUGCCACAGAACUGGCUAGCUUCACUCUCGCUAUGCCCAGUUAGAGAAACCAACCAACCCAGUGCUCAGCAUGGUACAGCCAUGUCCUUAUGUACACUGGCACUAGAAAUAGGUCACAAGUUUAUGAAGUGGGGAUUAUUUGGGGCUCAAUCACCAUGGAAACGGUGUGCACCACCACCAAAACAGAUACCCACAGAGUCUAGCACCACACAGCUGUCAGAAACUGACGUAGGGUCAGUCUGUGAAAUCAGUCGCUCAGUGAGCUAGACGUUUCCAUGUCCCAGGAAGCGGUCGAGAAGUAGUCCAAGAGUGUUCCGUCAGUCGUAUGCUAACAGGUAGCUAACCUAUGGAAAAUGUGCCAUCUACAUAUUAUGCGUGGCUGGGCAGAGAUUAGACUCGGGGGAACACUGUAAUUAUAAAACUGAGUAGGACGAACCAAAUGUCCACUGUCGAAGACUUGCCGGCCCGUACGCUGUCUUCUUCUCACGUGCUUGUGGUUACUGGUGACAGUGUUUGUUUGGUAACAAAGACCUAAAAAUGCCCCUACUGUAACCUAUGAUGAUGAUGAACCUGUAACGUUUCUCAUCAACAUUAUUUCAUAUUACGUAGUGUGCUGCAUACAGGUGAUGGAACACGUGUUUGUGUGUGAGAGAGAGCGUUUGGCUAAACGCUUUAAUAAUUUGGAGGAUCCAUGCAAGCUUCAUUUAUUAUCCUCUCAAAUAUCUCCAAUGGCUUUUAAAAUCCAUUUGAAAGGAGAAUGAAGGAAAAUAUAAUGAAUGUGGCUAGGCAGACUUACGUUUUGACUCAUUUAUUGUUUUUUAAGCUAUUGUUGGCAGAAUGCGUGAAUAAACUCAAACUCUUAAUGCAGACACAUGUCUGGGUGGAGUUUCUGCAAAAAUAUAUGUGCUGGAGUCUGGGGACUAGAGGGUGGCUGGGAAUUGUAGCCUGGGGACUAGAAUGAGGUUGGGGAUUGUAGCCUGGGGACUAUAAUGAGGUUGGGGAUUGUAGCCUGGGGACUAGAAUGAGGUUGGGGAUUGUAGCCUGGGGACUAGAAUGAGGUUGGGGAUUGUAGCCUGGGGACUAGAAUGAGGUUGGGGAUUGUAGCCUGCGGACUAUAAUGAGGUUGGGGAUUGUAGCCUGGGGACUAGAAUGAGGUUGGGGUUUGUAGCCUGCGGACUAUAAUGAGGCUGGGGAUUGUAGCCUGGGGACUAGAAUGAGGUUGAGGUUUGUAGCCUGGGGACUAGAAUGAGGUUGAGGUUUGUAGCCUCGGGACUAGAGGGAAGCUGGGGAUUGUAGCCUGGGGACUAGAAUGAGGUUGGAGAUUGUAGCCUGGCGACUAGAGGGAAGCUGGGAUUGUAGCCUGGGGACUAGAGGGAAGCUGGGGAUUGUAGCCUGGGGACUAGAGGGAAGCUGGGGAUUGUAGCCUGUGGACUAGAGGGAAGCUGGGGAUUGUAGCCUGGGGACUAGAGGGAAGCUGGGGAUUGUAGCCUGUGGACUAGAGGGAAGCUGGGGAUUGUAGCCUGGGGACUAGAGGGAAGCUGGGGAUUGUAGCCUGGGGACUAGAGGGACAAGCACACACACACACACACAACACACACACACACACACACACACACACACACAAUGUCACAAUAUGUUUUUAUGUUCACACUAAGUGCCUGUCUGCUGUCUGUCCCUACAGGAUGGGAUCCUGGUGGGGGCACCGGGGGCCUACGACUGGAAUGGAGCUGUCCUGAAGGAGACCCGACAGGGGAAGGUGGUCCCACUCAAGUCCUCCUACUCACAGGAAUUCCCAGAGGAGCUGAAGAACCAUGGUGCCUACCUAGGUGAGGGAGGAAUUGACGAUCUAAAGGAUUGUUCACAGAGGUGUUUGGUUUGGGUAGAUCCCUCAUCCUCUGUCUGACCUUCCUCCAUCUCUUCGCCUUUACUGUCUCUCUUUACAUUCUCUCUCGCUCUCUCACCCCUCUUCCUCCUCCAUCUCUCCCCUCCUUCUCUCUAUCCCCUAACUCCCCUCCUUCUCUCUAUCCCCUAUCUCCAUCUUCCACCUCUCCCCUCCUUCUCUCUAUCCCCUAUCUCCAUCUUCCACCUCUCCCCUCCUUCUCUCUAUCCCUUAUCUCCAUCUUCCACCUCUCCCCUCCUUCUCUCUAUCCCCUAUCUCCAUCUUCCAUCUCUCCCCUCCUUCUCUCUAUCCCCUAUCUCCAUCUUCCACCUCUCCCCUCCUUCUCUCUAUCCCCUAUCUCCAUCUUCCACCUCUCCCCUCCUUCUCUCUAUCCCCUAUCUCCAUCUUCCAUCUCUCCCCUCCUUCUCUCUAUCCCCUAUCUCCAUCUUCCACCUCUCCCCUCCUUCUCUCUAUCCCCUAUCUCCAUCUUCCAUCUCUCCCCCUUCUUCACUGGAUAGACAUGUGGCAGGCACAGGGAAACCCCAGUGGUUUAGCACCAGGCCUCGCUGCAGCCCUAUCUAGAAACCAGUCCACUGCUCCAUCGCUUCCCACUGCACUCCAUCCCACUCCACCUCAUCCCACCCCAUCCCACUCUACCCUACCACCGCUCCUCCUGCCUGUACGGCCCUCUGCUUUUCCCAUCAGCCGCUGGCCUGCCUGCCUGCCUGCCUGCCUGCCCACAGAAGCCAUUCCAGCCUCAUUAUGGAAUAUGGGGCAGAGGCAUGAGUCUGGACAUGCUCACUGAGAGAGGGAUGGGGAAAGGAGAGAGAGAGAGAGAGAGAGAGAGAGAGAGAGAGAGAGAGAGAGAGAGAGAGAGAGAGAGAGAGAGAGAGAGAGAGAGAGAGAGAGAGAGAGAGAGAGAGAGAGAGAGAGAGAGACUCACCCUAGUGAGGCCAUUGAACUUUGUUUCUAAACAAAGUCGACAGGAUAGUUGCUUUUUAUAAAUCAGGUUUGGCUCAUGCAGUUCAUACAACCCAACCAGAGGGAUUACAGUGGCCUAUGGUGAAUCACACACAUGCACACGCACACACACACACACACACACACACACACUGGUAUGCCUUUAUUUGGCCCAUUUGAUCGUGAUGUUGCGCAGAGAAGAGAGUGUGGGUUUCACCACACACUGUAACAUUAGUUGACAUUCCUCCCAGAUAUUAUAUGAGGAACAGGCUUUGUGCUUCAGUGAUCUGAGGAAACAGUUCAAGACAACUGGGCAAUGAAAUGGGAAUACAUAGGAGGUCAACAAAAACUGAGAGUGUGACAGAUAGGAGAACAUUAGGCUGAUUUAGCAAUUAUGAGAAUCCUCAAUCACUGGGUUUAGUGAAUACACUGGCUUUCAAUAAUUAAUGAUUUAAUCAUUUGGACUCAACAAGUGUGUGUGUGCAUGUGUGCGUGUGCGUGUGUGUGUGUCCAGGUUACACAGUAACAUCAGUGGUGUCGGCCAGGAACGGUCGGCUGUACGUGGCCGGGGCACCACGGUUCAACCAUACUGGCAAGGUCAUCAUCUUCACCCUGAAGAACACUGGUAACCUCACCAUCCUGCACUCCCUCAAAGGACAACAGGUAGAAUCAACAACUGGCCUUCCCAAACUGUCUUUUUAACUGGGACUUUAAAACACGUCUACGACCUGUUCGAUUAACACAAUCAUGUGUUUUGUUUGCCACAACACUAUCCUGAGCCACAACCCAAGUCCUAAAUUCCAACCAUAAGCUGAACAGUUACACAGUGGUAUAGCACAAGCUCACACUUGCAUACUCUCUCUUUAAAAGACAUAUGAAGACACCAUCAAUGACCCUGAUAGUCCCUUAUGCACAUGGACCCUCCUCAAUCUUGCAACCCAUCACCAUCUGAGUCCAUCAUCACAGUAUUCCUUCCAGUCCUUUACCCAAUCUGGCAGCCCAUGAUAGUCUGCACUACUGGUGCUUCCAAGACCUGGGACAAACCGAGUCUAGACACCCUUCUCACACCCCCAUGUAGCCAACAAUAUUACACAGAUCCCAUGUGUUCCCAUCCCAUUCCCGACCCCUUAAUUCAAAACACACACAUUCCAAAUCAUCAGCUACAGUAAACAACACCAGCUAAGAGGUUACUAAACAUAGAAGAGGCAGAGAGAUCCAUAAGGACACUCAUUGAGAGGAACAGACCUGGGUUCAAAUACUAUUUGCCAUCAUUUCAAAGACUAUAGCUGGGCUUGUCUGAGCUUGCCUGAUGCAAUGGAACCAAUGAAAUAGUUGCAAAACUGUAAAUCAUUGGCACUCCAGAAAGGCUAAAGCAAACGGUAAAAGUAUUUUGAAAGUUCGAAUGGCAUCUGAACCCAAGUCUGGUUGUUGCAUUGAGAUGAACGGCUGGGUUGUUUUGUGGGGCCAAUUAACCUAUAUGGGAAACAUCUGGGUCUGUUACCUGAACGAUGAUGAUGACUGGAAUGCUAUGCUAAUGAAUGCUAAUGACGUUUGCUGGGGGUUUUAUGAUGUGGUCAAGGCAUGUGUGAUAGCAUGUGUGAAGGAUGUGGUGACUGUGGGGAUCUUAAUGAUCUCAGUUGGUUAGCAUGGUGUUUUUAGAGCAUUAUGUGUCAACUAGAGUAAUGGUUUUGAUUCCCACAUGGACCAUAUCUACUGAAUAUGCAAUACACUAUGUGUUUACUCUGGAUAAAAGUGUCUGCGAAAUAACCAGAUUAUUAUUUUAUUGUUCUUGAUCCAGGGUCUGGAUGUGUGGUUAUAUUUCAGAUUGGGUCGUACUAUGGGAGUGAGAUCUCCCCGGUGGAUAUAGAUGGGGACGGAGUGACAGACAACCUCCUGGUGGCAGCGCCCAUGUUCUUCAGUGGAGGCUGGGAGAAGGGCAAGGUGUACAUCUAUAGAGUGACUGAGCUGGUGGGUGGACAUGCAGACACACACUCCCUCACACACACACUCAAACACAGAUGUACGCAUGCUCACACACACACACACUCACUCACAGAUGUAUGCAUGCUCACACACACACACACUCACAGAUGUACGCAUGCUCACACACACACACUCACAGAUGUACGCAUUCUCACACACACACACACACUCACUCACAGAUGUAUGCAUGCUCACACACACACACACACACACACACACACACACACACACACUCACAGAUGUACGCAUGCUCACACACACACACACACACUCACUCACAGAUGUACGCAUGCUCACACACACACACACACACACACACACUCACAGAUGUACGCAUGCUCACACACACACACACACUCACGCACAGAUGUACGCAUGCUCACACACACACACACACUCACAGAUGUACGCAUGCUCACACACACACACACUCACAGAUGUACGCAUGCUCACAGACACACACACACUCACAGAUGUACGCAUGCUCACACACACAUUCACUCACAGAUGUACGCAUGCUCACACACACACUCACUCACUCACAGAUGUACACAUGCUCACACACACACAAACGUCACACUCGUGUGCACACACACACACAGAUGUUAGCAUGCUCACACACACUCACGCGCACACACUCAUGCACAGAUGUUAGCAUGCUCACACACACGUCACACUCGUGUGCACACACACACACGCGCACACACUUAAACACACACCCCAGAUCCCGUUACCAAACACACUUAAAACCGGGUCAGCACAGAAUACGAAACACCUCGACCAGAACACAUAGAGCCAAACUAUCCCUAUGCCUUGCAUGUACAUUAUACCACCAGACCAGAGACCAGACCUUCCAGAGCCUUGAUUAGGGUUAGUUAACCCACUGGCACAGCACAAACAGUCUACCAGACUUUGGGCACCUGCCGUCACACAGAUCAAAUGAACACCCUCCCUCCCUGCGCCAGCACACCAUCUUCAUUAGAUGCCUGGUGUACAAGUGCACAGUGAACUCAGUAGGAAAGCAUUCACCACUUCAAACUGAAUUACCAGCCAGUCAUUUGGAGAAGGAAGGGGGCUUCUUAAUGACUGCAGAGGAAUUUGUGUUGUUAUGAGACUCACACAGCCAGCCAGGUCUCAGCAUGGCCACAGCUCUCUCUCUCUCUCUCUCUCUCUCUCUCUCUCUCUCUCUCUCUCUCUCUCUCUCUCUGGGAGCUAUGGACUGGGGGACUGAUAGGGGCUUGAGCAUUAGGGUUCCCCAAACAACAAAAAAAUAAUAAACUAAGACAAGGGAUCCCCCCAACUAAGGACACAAAAUUGGUGUUGUGUCUAAAAGCAAUUGAAUGUUUAGGUCAACGUAAGUGACAGAGAGGUGGCCUUCCAUUCUACCAAUAAGCCCCCAUGGGCCACUGUGGAAUGACUGUGAUGGUCUCACCACAAAUCACCAUAUGUUUCAAAUAAACCCGACUGAGUAUGAUCCUCCCCCCUCUCUCACACAUGCACACGCACUCACACACACACUACCCUGGUGACUACACAACUGUGUGUACCACGUCACCCUCUCCUUCCCUCGUCCUCCACUUUCCUUUAAAAAGACAACUGAAAAAACAAGUGAUGUAAUGUUUCAGCCGUCCACAGGCUGUAGAUUAGGGAGGAAGAUGGGACAGCCGGGAGAGUGAUGAUGUGCAUGGCUAACGAUAGCCUCAAAUACUGGCUCCCAGACUGUCUUAAUGCUGAGGGAUUGUACCUUUUUCCAGACUGGGGGGAAACUAAAUUAUAUUCAAAGAUACAGAUAUUUUCCGACUGACUUUACACCCACUGUGAAUACUCAAAGUUCGACAGAAACAUCCCUAAAGAAACAUCCAGAAGCCAUGUUUGCCUUUGAUCAUGUGACACUCGGAUGAAUCACCCAUCCCUCAUGUUGACAAUGUUUUGGGGAAAUCAGAUUUCCCCCUUGGGAUAUAAAAUGUGUUAGACCCUACAACAAUGCAGCUUGAGGUUUUCAGCUGAUUUCAAAUGCAAAACUCAAACUCCCCAGUUCUUUGAUUGUUAGUUAUUUUUGGUCUAUUUAUGUCAACAAAAACAAAGCCUUCCAAAAUGUCUUGUUUACUUUCCUAAAUGAAUUUGGAAUAACAAAUGAAAGCUUCUGUAAAGAUUGAAGGGGAAAGUUUAAGGCAACAAUUUACAUUUACAUUUUAGUCAUUUAGCAGACGCUCUUAUCCAGAGCGACUUACAGUUAGUGAGUGCAUACAUUUUCAUACUGGGCCCCCGUGGGAAUGUCUCUAUGUCUCAUUAUGAGUUGUGUAAAUAAAUGGAGGGCUGUCCAUUUGAGGGAGAUCAUCGAUGGAUGACUGAGAUAUCCCAGAAGCCCGAGGGGCAUGGGGCUACCCGGCCGCAGCACAGGAGAUAGCAGAUGUAUAACUUGACUCCAUUUCCUUAGCCACUAUGUCUGUUGUUGAUGGAUUCCCCUUGUGCAUAUGUUUUUGUUCCUGAGUGUGUUUAUACAGUGGGGGAAAAAAAAGUAUUUAGUCAGCCACCAAUUGUGCAAGUUCUCCCACUUAAAAAGAUGAGAGGCCUGUAAUUUUCAUCAUAGGUACACGUCAACUAUGACAGACAAAUUGAGGAAAAAAAUCCAGAAAAUCACAUUGUAGGAUUUUUAAUGAAGUUAUUUGCAAAUUAUGGUGGAAAAUAAGUAUUUGGUCACCUACAAACAAGCAAGAUUUCUGGCUCUCACAGACCUGUAACUUCUUCUUUAAGAGGCUCCUCUGUCCUCCACUCGUUACCUGUAUUUAUAGCACCUGUUUGAACUUGUUAUCAGUAUAAAAGACACCUGUCCACAACCUCAAACAGUCACACUCCAAACUCCACUAUGGCCAAGACCAAAGAGCUGUCAAAGGACACCAGAAACAAAAUUGUAGACCUGCACCAGGCUGGGAAGACUGAAUCUGCAAUAGGUAAGCAGCUUGGUUUGAAGAAAUCAACUGUGGGAGCAAUUAUUAGGAAAUGGAAGACAUACAAGACCACUGAUAAUCUCCCUCGAUCUGGGGCUCCACGCAAGAUCUCACCCCGUGGGGUCAAAAUGAUCACAAGAACGGUGAGCAAAAAUCCCAGAACCACACGGGGGGACCUAGUGAAUGACCUGCAGAGAGCUGGGACCAAAGUAACAAAGCCUACCAUCAGUAACACACUACGCCGCCAGGGACUCAAAUCCUGCAGUGCCAGACGUGUCCCCCUGCUUAAGCCAGUACAUGUCCAGGCCCGUCUGAAGUUUGCUAGAGUGCAUUUGGAUGAUCCAGAAGAGGAUUGGGAGAAUGUCAUAUGGUCAGAUGAAACCAAAAUAGAACUUUUUGGUAAAAACUCAACUCGUCGUGUUUGGAGGACAAAGAAUGCUGAGUUGCAUCCAAAGAACACCAUACCUACUGUGAAGCAUGGGGGUGGAAACAUCAUGCUUUGGGGCUGUUUUUCUGCAAAGGGACCAGGACGACUGAUCCGUGUAAAGGAAAGAAUGAAUGGGGCCAUGUAUUGUGAGAUUUUGAGUGAAAACCUCCUUCCAUCAGCAAGGGCAUUGAAGAUGAAACGUGGCUGGGUCUUUCAGCAUGACAAUGAUCCCAAACACACCGCCCGGGCAACGAAGGAGUGGCUUCGUAAGAAGCAUUUCAAGGUCCUGGAGUGGCCUAGCCAGUCUCCAGAUCUCAACCCCAUAGAAAAUCUUUGGAGGGAGUUGAAAGUCUGUGUUGCCCAGCGACAGCCCCAAAACAUCACUGCUCUAGAGGAGAUCUGCAUGGAGGAAUGGGCCAAAAUACCAGCAACAGUGUGUGAAAACCUUGUGAAGACUUACAGAAAACGUUUGACCUGUGUCAUUGCCAACAAAGGGUAUAUAACAAAGUAUUGAGAAACUUUUGUUAUUGACCAAAUACUUAUUUUCCACCAUAAUUUGCAAAUAAAUUCAUUAAAAAUCCUACAAUGGGAUUUUCUGGAUUUUUUUUUCUCAUUUUGUCUGUCAUAGUUGACGUGUACAUAUGAUGAACAUUACAGGCCUCUCUCAUCUUUUUAAGUGGGAGAACUUGCACAAUUGGUGGCUGACUAAAUACUUUUUUCCCCCAAUGUAUGUACUGUGAGAUAUUGUUUAUAUGUACUGAGAUAUUGUUUACAUGUACUAUGAGAUAUUGUUUAUAUGUACUGUGAGAUAUUGUUUAUAUGUACUGUGAGACAUUGUUUAUAUGAACUGUGAGACAUAGUUUAUAUGUACUGUGAGACAUAGUUUAUAUGAACUGUGAGACAUAAUUUAUAUGUACUGUGAGACAUAGUUUAUAUGUACUGUGAGACAUAAUUUAUAUGUACUGUGAGACAUAGUUUAUAUGUACUGUGAGACAUAGUUUAUAUGUACUGUGAGACAUAGUUUAUAUGUACUGUGAGACAUAGUUUAUAUGUACUGUGAGACAUAGUUUAUAUGUACUGUGAGACAUAGUUUAUAUGUACUGUGAGACAUAGUUUAUAUGUACUGUGAGACAUAGUUUAUAUGUACUGUGAGAGGUUGUUUAUGUUUGUGAGUAACUCACCCCAGUCAUCCAACUUCAUUCCUCUGUGAUCUUCUCUGUCAUGACUCAUGAGUGUUACCCCUCGAAUGUUUCUUCAGAUUGGGCUCAAUGUUGCAACGUAACACACCAUAGGCUAACUGACAGCAUCAAGGUUUUUCAACCAAAGACUCUUUAAGUACGGAGUUACAAAGAGAGUCCUACCAACCAAUAGGAUAGACAUUUGCAUAUGCAUAAUUGAAUAGACAGGCACAUGACACAUGACACAACCUUUACCAAGCAAAAUUUCACUCUAUCCCAUGUACCAGAAAUAUUCAAAAAGUACAUCAUCCUAUCCUAUUUCCUUCUUCAGAAUCGUUUCAUCCUGGAGGGAGCGCUGGAGAUCCAGGACCGUGGUCAGAACGCUCGGUUCGGCUCCUCGCUGGCCCCGGUCCCUGACCUGAACGGGGACGGCUUCAACGACGUGGUGGUGGGGGCCCCACUGGAGGAUGACCAUAGAGGAGCUAUCUACGUCUUCUUCAGCCAACGCAACAGGAUUCUACGUAAAUACAAACAGAGGAUAGCUGCGUUAGACAUGGCCAGUGGCCUGCGCUACUUUGGCCGUAGUAUCCAUGGCAAUAUGGACAUGGACGAGGAUGGCCUGGUGGACUUGGCAGUGGGCUCCCUGGGGGCAGCCGUGCUUCUAUGGUAGGUCACUUAGAUAUUAACAAGUGUUCUACUGUUUCUAUGGUAGGUCACUUAGAUAUUAACAAGUGUUCUGCAGUUUCUAUGGUAGGUUACUUAGAUAUUAACAAGUGUUCUACAGUUUCUAUGGUAGGUCACUUAGAUAUUAACAAGUGUUCUGCAGUUUCUAUGGUAGGUUACUUAGAUAUUAACAAGUGUUCUACAGUUUCUAUGGUAGGUCACUUAGAUAUUAACAAGUGUUCUACUGUUUCUAUGGUAGGUCACUUAGAUAUGAACAAGUGUUCUACAGUUUCUAUGGUAGGUCACUUAGAUAUUAACAAGUGGUCUACUGUUUCUAUGGUAGGUCACUUAGAUAUUAACAAGUGGUCUACUGUUUCUAUGGUAGGUUACUUAGAUAUUAACAAGUGUUCUACUGUUUCUAUGGUACUGUAUGUAUGUGGAGCAUAUACUCAACUACAUUUAUGAUCAUAACACUGUGUAUGGUUUAUCUGCAGGUCUCGCAGUGUCGUCCGAAUUCACGCCAACAUCAGGUUUGAACCGAGCAAGAUCAACAUCUUUGUGAAGGACUGCGAGAGGGGAGGCAAGGAAGUGACCUGCAUGUCAGCCAUAGUGUGUCUAAACGUCACCGCCCGGACAGCCAUACCUCCUACACAGGGAGUGGGUGAGUGUUCCGGACUAUAAUGUAGCCUGCAUCCUUCUACUGAUCAUAGCUUCAGUGCAGAAGAUUACAGAUUGACUCCAACUACCUUGAGAUAUUGCUGAUGUUGCUGAACUCUUUCUCUGCACUUCUCAUAAUAUGGGUUCUGUUUAAGCCGCCCACUGCUUGCUGCUUUUAUGGGAAUGGGAACUAAGCAAAUAAAACGAAGCAAAAAGCCCAGUGGAGCCAAAAAGCAUUAUUUAUAUUCAGGAAGAAGUUUCUUCACUGUUGUGCUGCCACUGUGCAGUCAGCAGAGGACCUCAUUGUCUUUCAGGCGAAACUGAAAUCUUGAUUAACUCUACUGUUGAUCUCCUACUGUUUUAUGUUUGGAGCAAAGCUUAGCCUUUCCAAGACUGUUUUAUAUUUGGAGCAAAAUUGAAAAUUUUUACAUUUACAUUGUAGUCAUUUAGCAGACGCUCUUAUCCAGAGCCACUUACAGUUAGUGAGGGCAUACAUUUUCAUACUGGCCCCCCGUGGGAAACAAACCCACAACCCUGGCGUUGCAAGCGCCAUGCUCUACCAACUGAGCUACAGGGGACUGCUACACAUUGUCUAAGAAUCAGGAAGCACUAGAAGUAAUGCUGUUCAGAUAUUCAUAGUUGAAAUCAAUAUCCUUCAUCAUUCUCCCAGACGUGUAUUCCUCAAUGUUUCUGCUUGGUCGUUGUUGAGUCAGUCACACCGCUCUGUUGUUGGCUCACUAAGUGAAAUGGUGAUGGCUACUUACCCCAGAGCAGAGCCACAGGAAAAUGUUUCCUCGCUAUCAGUGACGAUUUAGGAUAUCAGUCCAUCUGCCAAACACAUAUGCUGCAGGCUACAGAGGGGUUGCGGGCAUGCUAUGCCAACUGCUACAUCUGAUGAUAGCUGAUCUGGAUUAUCCUAGCCUCUGACUGUCAAUUAGCCUAGCAUAUGUACAUUUCCCUUCAAAUAGUACGCAUUCUGUCCACUCAUUUAAUUUAUAUGGUGACAAUACAAACAAUGGUUGUCAGGCUGCGGUUAACCCGACAUGGAUACCCCACACUUCUGCCGCGAGCCCAGAAUCUCCCUGGAGACCAGUUCGGUUACCAUGGCACUGAGGUGUUGUCUUGCCGACAGUGGCCCACCCGUGCCACUGUCGGCAAGGUCUCUGUGUCAGAAUUUGGUCUCUGUGUCACAAUUUGUUUUAAAAGUCGAGGCCUGGUGGCUCAAGUUUUCCCCCUUGUGUGGGACUAUAGGAGGCAGGCUGAGGAGGGAUUGAAGAGUGGAUGUUUCAGGUUAACCUCCCGAACUUUGUCUUUGUCAAAUAUGUUAGACGGGCCAAACCAAUAGGAAGAAGCCUCAGAAUGUUGUCUUGUCCUCCGCAGGGACGGUUGGACGUUUAGGGGAGACUGAACAGUGGAACACAUUGAUUUGAUUUUCCCCUCAUUAUCAUGUCUGGUCUAGUAACAUCUGUCAGAUGGGCUGCUGCUGGGGUUGCAAGUCUGUUGUGUUCGACUGUACAAGGAAGAAUAGAGUUUGAGAAAAGAGAUACUGUACGUCUCCAAAUGUGCUUUAGGUAACACGCAGCAUCUGAUGGGAAUGGAAAGAGCACCCCAUGACUUCUAUAACCAUCUGUAGUCUGUCUACCAUUGUGUCAUGUCACACUCAAUAUGACGUAGGCCAGGGCUAGACAACACCCGGCCUGCGGGCCAAAACCGGCCCCAAAGCUGAUUUGAUGUGGCCUGCCAAAGUUGUCUUAUAGGCUAUGUAAGGGAUAAUCAACGACGGGCUAUGCGUUCAAUGGAAAAUAAUGAACUACGUGGAAGGUGUGCUCUGAUUAUCCGAUUAUACCUUUUAUACCUUGAUUAUCCCUUACAUAGCCUAUAAGACAACUUUGGCAGGCCACAUCAAAUCAGCUUUGGGGCCGGUUUUGGCCCGCAGGCCGGGUGUUGACUAGCCCUGGCCUACGUCAUAUUGAGUGUGACAUGACACAAUGGUAGACAGACAUUAUUUAACACAUUUGCCACUAGAAAUGUGUUCAACAUCCACCGAAGUAGCUAGCAAGUUUAAUAGAUACAGUUGAAGUCGGAAGUUUACAUACACCUUAGCCAAAUACAUUUAAACUCAGUUUUUCACAAUUCCUGACAUUUAAUCCUAGUACAAAUUCCCUGUCUUAGGUCGGUUAGUAUCACCACUUUAUUUUAAGAAUGUGAAAUGUCAGAAUAAUAGUAGAGAGAAUGAUUUAUUUCAGCUUUUAUUUCUUUCAUCACAUUCCCCAGUGGGUCAGAAGUUUACAUACACUCAAUUAGUAUUUGGUAGCAUUGCCUUUAAAUUGUUUAACUUGGGUCAAACGUUCCGGGUAGCCUUCCACAAGCUUCCCACAAUAAGUUGGGUGAAUUUUGGCCCAUUCCUCCUGACAGAGCUGGUGUAACUGAGUCAGGUUUGUAGGCCUCCUUGCUCGCACACACUUUUUCAGUUCUGCCCACAAAUGUUCUAUAGGAUUGAGGUCAGGGCUUUGUGAUGGCCACUCCAAUUCCUUGACUUUGUUGUCUUUAAGCCAUUUUGCCACAACUUUGGAAGUAUGCUUGGGGUCAUUGUCCAUUUGGAAGACCCAUCUGCGACCAAGCUUUAACUUCCUGACUGAUGUCUUGAGAUGUUGCUUCAAUAUAUCCACAUAAUUUUCCUUUCUCAUGCCAUCUAUUAUGUGAAGUGCACCAGUCCCUCCUGCAGCAAAGCACCCCCACAGCAUGAUGCCGCCACCCCCGUGCUUCACGGUUGGGAUGGUGUUCUUCGGCUUGUAAGUAUCCCCCUUUUUCCUCCAAACAUAACGAUGGUCAUUAUGGCCAAACAGUUAUAUGUUUGUUUCAUCAGACCAGAGGACAUUUCUCCAAAAAGUAAGAUCUUUGUCCCCAUGUGCAGUUGCAAACCGUAGUCUGGCUUUUUUAUGGCGGUUUUGGAGCAGUGGCUUCUUCCUUGCUGAGCGGCCUUUCAGGUUAUGUCGAUAUAGGACUUGUUUUACUGUGGAUAUAGAUACUUUUGUACCUGUUUCCUCCAGCAUCUUCACAAGGUCCUUUGCUGUUGUUCUGGGAUUGAUUUGCACUUUUCGCACCAAAGUACAUUAAUCUCUAGGAGACAGAACGCGUCUCCUUCCUGAGAAGUAUGAUGGCUGUGUGGUCCCAUGGUGUUUAUACUUGCGUACUAUUGUUUGUACAGAUGAACGUGGUACCUUCAGGCGUUUGGAAAUUGCUCCCAAGGAUGAACCAGACUUGUGGAGGUCUACAAUUCUUUUUCUGAGGUCUUGGUUGAUUUCUUUUGAUUUUCCCAUGAUGUCAAUCAAAGAGGCACUGAGUUUGAAGGUAGGCCUUGAAAUACAUCCACAGGUACACCUCCAAUUGACUCAAAUGAUGUCAAUCAGAAGCUUCUAAAGCCAUGACAUCAUUUUCUGGGAUUUUCCAAGCUGUUUAAAGGCACAGUCAACUUAGUGUAUGUAAACUUCUGACCCACUGGAAUUGUGAUACAGUGAAUUAUAAGUGAAAUAAUCUGUCUGUAAACAAUUGUUGGAAAAAUUACUUGUGUCAUGCACAAAGUAGAUGUCCUAACCGACUUGCCAAAACGAUAGUUUGUUAACAAGAAAUUUGUGGAGUGGUUGAAAAACGAGUUUUAAUGAUUCCAACCUAAGUGUAUGUAAACUUCCGACUUCAACUGUAGCUACAGUAGUUGCCGUGGUAGGAGUUUAGCUAACCAAACCAUCAGUCCUAGCUUGCCAUUAUGAAAAACGAAUUCAACAAUGCCAAUAAUGUUUUCAAUUAGACUUUUGCUUUUAAAAAGCAGCUCAAACAUAGAACAUGUAAGAAUUAACUAUAGCCAUUGAAUUCUAACGCGCAAAUAUACCAUGAGUUAUAGGGAAAUAAUGCACGCUCUAGAAUGCCCUUCAAGCCAAUCAGAAAGAAGCAUUCAACAAUGCCAUGGUAUAAUGGAGAAAUUAGGUUUGAGGUAUGGGAGACCAGUGUACUCUCCAGUUGGCAUGCUCAGUAGGGUGAUGUGCAUUAGCUCUGGAUUUGAUGGUAUUUUCCCCAAGCUAUUAAAGCGCAGGGUAAUAAAUAGUGUGCCUCUAAAACAGUGUGGGUUGGAAAUGAAUCACUUCCAAAGCCAUAUGGCUCAAGAGGUCUAGUCAACUCUCUCAACUCUGGAGUAGUCACUCAGUUCCUCGAUGGUGGCUCUUGGAUUUUGUCCAACUGUAUUUUUGUGCUGUAAUCUGUUCUGCUUCUGGUCAUUACUUUAUAGAAAGUAAAGUAAUGUACACUACCGGUCAAAAGUUUUAGAACACCUACUCAUUCAAGGGUUUUUCUUUAUUUUUUACUAUUUUCUACAUUGUAGAAUAAUAGUGAAGACAUCAACAUUAUGAAAUAACACACAUGGAAUCAUGUAAUAACCAAAAAAGUGUUAAAUAAAUAAAGUUGAGAUUUAGGUGUUGGGUCAUUGUCCUGUUGAAAAACAAAAGACAGUCCCACUAAGGCCAAACCAGAUGGGAUGGCGUAUCGCUGCAGAAUGCUGUGGUAGCCAUGCUGGUUAAGUGUGCCUUGACUUCUAAAUAAAUCACAGACAGUGUCAGCAGCAAAGCACCUCCACACCAAAACACCUCCUCCUCCAUGCUCUACUGUGGGAAAUACACAUGCAGAGAUCAUCCGUUCACCCACACCGCGUCUCACAAAGACACAGUGGUUGGAACCAAAAAUCUCAAAUUUGGACUCCAGACCAAAGGACAAAUUUCCACCGGUCUAAUGUCCAUUGCUUGUGUUUCUUGGCCCAAGCAAGUCUCUUCUUCUUAUUGGUGACCUUUAGUAGUGGUUUCUUUGCAGCAAUUCGACCAUGAAGGCCUGAUUCACACAGUCUCCUCUGAACAGUUGAUGUUGAGAUGUGUCUGUGACUUGAACUCUGUGAAACAUUUAUUUGGGCUACAAUUUCUGAGGCUGGUAACUCUAAUGAACUUAUCCUCUGCAGCAGCGGUAACUCUGGGUCUUCCUUUCCUGUGGUGGUCCUCAUGAGAGCCAGUUUCAUCAUAGCGCUUGAUGGUUUUUGCGACUGCACUUAUAUACAUUUUCAAAGUUCUAGAAAUGUUUCUGAUUGACUGACCUUCAUGUCUUAAAGUAAUGAUGGACUGUCAUUUCUCUUUGCUUAUUUGAGCUGUUCUUGCCAUAAUAUGGACUUGGUCUUUUACCAAAUAGGGCUAUCUUAUUACAUGAUUCCAUAUGUGUUAUUUCAUAGUUUUGAUGUCUUCACUAUUAUUCGACAAUGUAGAAAAUAGUAAAAAAUAACGAAAAACCCUUGAAUGAGUAGGUGUUCUAAAACUUUUGACCGGUAGUGUAGUAUAGAACAUGUUUCCAACACUUAUGUUCCCUCUUUCUUCAUCUCUCUAGCUAUUACAUACAACACCACCAUUGGGGAGCGCCGAUUCAACCCCAGAGCCAUAAUGGACGACCCUGACAAACUGCUGUUUCAAAACCUGACCCUGCUUUCUGGAGAGGAGACCUGUCAACACAUCUACUUCCAUGUCAUGGUGAGCACUGACUAAAUUCUAGCUGAAUUCCAAAUCAACAUCUAGACCCUAGCCUAUCCGUUAGAUCUGAGAGUAUUGGAUAGGUGGAAGCAAUAUGACUACAUUUACAUACAGCCAAUCAGAAGGUAAUUCAGAGACUUGAGAUGGUAUUAUCCAGAGCCAUGUAUUUAGAGAAUUGGGACAACUUUUAGAAUUUUAAGUAUUGCUAUAAUUAUAGACAUUUAGUUGCAUAACAAUAUUUAAAUAUUCCCCCAUGUAAUGUUAAUGGGGCGGUAACAUGGCUGCCAUAGAAUUUUGUAGAAAGUGUCAUGUACAGUGAGGGGAAAAAGUAUUUGAUCCCCUGCUGAUUUUGUAUGUUUGCCCACUGACAAAGAAAUGAUCAGUCUAUAAUUUUAAUGGUAGGUUUAUUUGAACAGUGAGAGACAGAAUAACGACAAAAAAAUCCAGAAAAACGCAUGUCAAAAAUGUUAUAAAUUGAUUAGCAUUUUAAUGAGGGAAAUAAGUAUUUGACCCCCUCUCAAUCAGAAAGAUUUCUGGCUCCCAGGUGUCUUUUAUACAGGUAACGAGCUGAGAUUAGGAGCACACUCUUAAAGGGAGUGUUUCUAAUCUCAGUUUGUUACCUGUAUAAAAGACACCUGUCCACAGAAGCAAUCGAUCAAUCCGAUUCCAAACUCUCCACCAUGGCCAAGACCAAAGAGCUCUCCAAGGAUGUCAGGGACAAGAUUGUAGACCUACACAAGGCUGGAAUGGGCUACAAGACCAUCGCCAAGCAGCUUGGUGAGAAGGUGACAACAGUUGGUGCGAUUAUUCGCACAUGGAAGAAACACAAAAUAACUGUCAAUCUCCCUUGGCCUGGGGCUCCAUGCAAGAUCUCACCUCAUGGAGUUGCAAUGAUCAUGAGAACGGUGAGGAAUCAGCCCAGAACUACAUGGGAGGCUCUUGUCAAUGAUCAAGGCAGCUGGGACCAUAGUCACCAAGAAAACAAUUGGUAACACACUACGCCGUGAAGGACUGAAAUCCUGCAGCGCCCGCAAGGUCCCUCUGCUCAAGAAAGCACACAUACAGGCCCGUCUGAAGUUUGCCAAUGAACAUCUGAAUGAUUCAGAGGAGAACUGGGUGAAAGUGUUGUGGUCAGAUGAGACCAAAAUCGAGCUUUUUGGCAUCAACUCAACUCGCCAUGUUUGGAGAAGGAGGAAUGCUGCCUAUGACCCCAAGAACACCAUCCCCACCGUCAAACAUGGAGGUGGAAACAUUAUACUUUGGGGGUGUUUUUUUGCUAAGGGGACAGGACAACUUCACCACAUCAAAGGGACGAUGGAUGGGGCCAGGUACCGUCAAAUCUUGGGUGAGAACCUCCUUCCCUCAGCCAGGGCAUUGAAAAUGGGUCGUGGAUGGGUAUUCCAGCAUGACAAUGACCCAAAACACACGGCCAAGGUAACAAAGGAGUGGCUCAAGAAGAAGCACAUUAAGGUCCUGGAGUGGCCUAGCCAGUCUCCAGACCUUAAUACCAUAGAAAAUCUGUGGAGGGAGCUUAAGGUUCGAGUUGCCAAACGUCAGCUUCGAAACCUUAAUGACUUGGAGAAGAUCUGCAAAGAGGAGUGGGACAAAAUCCCUCCUGAGAUGUGUGCAAACCUGGUGGCCAACUACAAGAAACGUCUGACCUCUGUGAUUGCCAACAAGGGUUUUGCCACCAAGUACUAAGUCAUGUUUUGCAGAGGGGUCAAAUACUUGUUUCCCUCAUUAAAAUGCAAAUCAAUUUAUAACAUUUUUGACAUGCGUUCUUCUGGAUUUUGUUGUUGUUAUUCUGUCUCUCACUGUUCAAAUAAAUCUACCAUUAAAAUUAUAGACUGAUCAUGUCUUUGUCAGUGGGCAAACGUACAAAAUCAGCAGGGGAUUAAAUACUUUUUUCCCUCACUGUAAAUUCAUAAUGCAGAAAACUCAAUGGCCCAUAUCUCUAAAUACAUCGCUCUGGAUUUAUCCUAUCAUUAUAAUGUUUCCUAUUCCUCAGUGUGUUGUGACGGUUAUGGCUCAUGAUGUAUGGUGUAAUACAGUUGUAAUAACACUGAUCCUCCACAUGUGUUGUUGAUCCAGGAGACCACGGACUACGUGAGGCCCAUCGUGUUCACUGUGGAGGUGGCACUUAAGGAUCCCAACCAGGGCCCUACGCUGGACGACACCUGGCCCACCACCGUCAGGACUGAGGUAAGACACACCUGGCCCACCACCGUCAGGACUGAGGUGAGACACACCUGGCCCACCACCGUCAGGACUGAGGUAAGAUACACCUGGCCCACCACCGUCAGGACUGAGGUAAGAUACACCUGGCCCACCACCAUCAGGACUGAGGUAAGACACACCUGGCCCACCACCGUCAGGACUGAGGUAAGAUACACCUGGCCCACCACCGUCAGGACUGAGGUAAGACACACCUGGCCCACCAUCAGGACUGAGGUAAGAUACACCUGGCCCACCACCAUCAGGACUGAGGUAAGAUACACCUGGCCCACCACCAUCAGGACUGAGGUAAGACACACCUGGCCCACCAUCAGGACUGAGGUAAGAUACACCUGGCCCACCAUCAGGACUGAGGUAAGAUACACCUGGCCCACCACCAUCAGACUGAGGUAAGAUACACCUGGCCCCACCAUCAGGACUGAGGUAAGAUACACCUGGCCCACCACCAUCAGGACUGAGGUAAGACACACCUGGCCCACCACCGUCAGGACUGAGGUAAGACACACCUGGCCCACCACCGUCAGGACUGAGGUAAGACACACCUGGCCCACCACCGUCAGGACUGAGGUAAGAUACAACCUGGCCCACCACCAUCAGGACUGAGGUUAAGAUAACACCUGGCCCACCACCAUCAGGAUUGAGGUAAGACAAACCUGGCCCACCACCGUCAGGACUGAGGUAAACACACAGGACUGAGGUAAGACACACCUGGCCCACCACCAUCAGGACUGAGGUAAGAUACACCUGGCCCACCACCGUCAGGACUGAGGUAAGACACACCUGGCCCACCACCGUCAGGACUGAGGUAAGACACACCUGGCCCACCACCAUCAGGACUGAGGUAAGAUACACCUGGCCCACCACCAUCAGGACUGAGGUAAGAUACACCUGGCCCACCACCGUCAGGACUGAGGUAAGAUACACCUGGCCCACCACCAUCAGGACUGAGGUAAGACACACCUGGCCCACCACCAUCAGGACUGAGGUAAGACACACCUGGCCCACCACCAUCAGGACUGAGGUAAGAUACACCUAGCCCACCACCAUCAGGACUGAGGUAAGAUACACCUGGCCCACCAUCAGGACUGAGGUAAGACACACCUGGCCCACCACCAUCAGGACUGAGGUAAGAUACACCUGGCCCACCAUCAGGACUGAGGUAAGAUACACCUGGCCCACCACCAUCAGGACUGAGGUAAGAUACACCUGGCCCACCACCGUCAGGACUGAGGUAAGAUACACCUAGCCCACCACCAUCAGGACUGAGGUAAGAUACACCUGGCCCACCACCAUCAGGACUGAGGUAAGAUACACCUGGCCCCCCACCGUCAGGACUGAGGUAAGACACACCUGGCCCACCAUCAGGACUGAGGUAAGAUACACCUGGCCCACCAUCAGGACUGAGGUAAGAUACACCUGGCUCACCAUCAGGACUGAGGUAAGAUACACCUGGCCCACCAUCAGGACUGAGGUAAGAUACACCUGGCCCACCAUCAGGACUGAGGUAAGAUACACCUGGUCCACCACCAUCAGGACUGAGGUAAGACACACACAUCUGACCCUUGACCGCUAAUCUGACCACUGACAAGUCAUCACUUCUUGUUUAGCUCUUAUGUACUCUUAUGUAAUCACUGAUUAGAUGUGUCUGGACAGGUGAAAACCAUGUGCUGAAAACCUUCUGUUCAUCUGUCCAAUCAUGUCCAAUCAGUGAUCACUUCAAGGAAGUGAGGAAGAACGUAAGCGCUUUGAGCGGGUCCCAUGACUGCUUGACCUGACCACUAAGCAGUCAUCUCCUUGUUUAGCUCUUAGUCUUAUGAGUGGUAUUGUAGCGAUUAAGGGGAACAUCCAGGGGCUUGAACCAGUGACACUAUGGUUUACAGGGCAAGCAUAGUACUUGCUGUACCAUAAAGGUCCAGACCUCUUGGCAUAGCCGUACUAUGAUAUGGAUGUGAUUGUAACUGAGCAUCUCUCUCUCUACUAGCUCCCCUUCUGGAAUGGUUGUGAUGAGGACGACCGCUGCAUACCAGACCUGUCCUUACAGAGUACAACUGACCUGCUGUCUUGGAGGUGAGCACACACACACGCACACACACACCACACACACACACACACACACACACACACACACACACACACACACACACACACACACACCACACAACACCACACAACACCACACAACACCACACCACACACACACCCACCCACCACACACACACACACACACACACACACCACACACACACACACACACACACACACACACACACACACACACACACACACACACACACACACACACAACACCACACACACACCACACAACACCACACAACACCACACCACCACACCACCCACCACACACACACACACACACACACACACACAACACCACACCACACAACACCACACCACACACACACACACAUACACACACAAACACCACACACACAGACAGACAGUACCGGUGCCCCCGCACAUUGACUCUGCACCGGUACCCCCCUGUAUAUAUAGCCUCCCUACUGUUAUUUUAUUUUACUUCUGCUCUUUUUUUCUCAACACUUUUUUGUUUUAUUCUACUUUUCUAUUAAAAAUAAAUGCACUGUUGGUUAAGGGCUGUAAGUAAGCAUUUCACUGUAAUGUCUGCACCUGUUGUAUUCGGCACAUGUGGCCAAUCAAAUUUGAUUUGACUUGAUUUGAUUUGAUCAGAAUUGACUGCUCCCCCCCCCCCCCCCCUCACAGGCAGUUCUGUGGGAAUGCAGUCCACUCCAGGGGUGCGAUGUGUCGGCGUCUGUCCGAAGGAGGGGCGGAGGGGUCAGAGCGAGUGAUGGAGGGAUCGAGGAGGAGGAUGGUGGUGGACGUUCGUCUGGAGAACAGGGGAGAGAACGCUUACGGCGCCCACCUCAACAUCACCUACACUCCUAACCUACGAUUCUCUAGUCUCAUAGUCAAGGUGAUGAUUCACAGUAGACAGUAGAUUUAUAAAGCACUAUUCCAGGACCCAAAGACUAUAGUGCAACAAUACAGUCCAAUAAAUGACAGUACUGCAGUCAACAGUAUACCAGUACUGCAGACAACAGUAUACCAGUACUACAGACAACAGUAUACCAGUACUACAGACAACAUACUGCAGACAACAGUAUACCAGUACUACAGACAACAGUAUACCAGUACUACAGACAACAGUAUACCAGUACUACAGACAACAGUAUACCAGUACUACAGACAACAGUAUACCAGUACUACAGACAACAUACUGCAGACAACAGUAUACCAGUACUACAGACAACAGUAUACCAGUACUACAGACAACAGUAUACCAGUACUACAGACAACAGUAUACCAGUACUACAGACAACAGUAUGACGGUACUGCAGACAACAGUUUGACGGUACUGCAGACAACAGUAUACCAGUACUGCAGACAACAGUCUGUCUAUUGAAGAACAAGCUUUCUUCAAAUACAAUCUGAAGUACUACUCCACAUAUUCUAGCCAUAUAGAAUAUAAUUAUUCCUGAGGGAAUUCAGGGUUGUCUUAUGUAGAAGCUUGUCUCUCUCAUGUUUCUCUCAGUCACUGAGUGUUUUAUCUGUGUUUCCAUCUCAGGACAACUCGGAUAUCAAGAUAGAGUGUCGCAGUGAGGACAGACAGAGGCAUGAGAGGACCUGCAAUGUCAGCGCUCCCUUCAUGAGAGCCAAGACUCAGGUGAGUUGGAGUCCCUUUAGUAACACGGUCGCUCAAAGUAGACCACAGUGAAACACAGUUCACCACAAUGAACCAUACCAGACCAUUCAUGACCACAGGGUACCACAGCUGCUCCUAGUGGAGUACUGUAGCAUAUCACAGACCAAAAUAGGCGACCAUAGACUGCAGCAGUGGUUACCAGAACACUAAACCAGAACAAUGGACCAUUAAAGACCAUAGUAUAGCAAUACAGACCGUUUGCAACCACAGCGGGACCACAGAGGUUCAUAUUUACCCAGAGUUGAUCAAGGUGAACCAUGGUUAAUCUAUAUGGGGUUGAUCCCUGACAUUUUACAAUCAAGUCACCCACCUAUCCCAUGUACCCAACCCAACCCGGCCAUCUAAGAGUUACAGAAGAGUGUCCUUCCUACCCCAACCCCCGCCAAGACGGCUGUCAGCAGUGUGCCCUCCGUGCACCAAUCUGGCAACCCCCACCUUCACCACCACUUUAAUAUUGUCAAUAUUAUUGUGCAACAGUUCUCCUGGGCUUGUCACAGCGAUAACAAAAUAUCAGCUACCAUUAUUUUAAUAAGAUGGGCGAUUGUUAUCAUAAAUGACAUCUCACAGUACAUAACCGUGAAACAAUGUUAUUGAUGGUUGCAUUGUGACUGUGACCUUUGGCUCACACUUGUUGCGUGGAAACUCGAAUCUCUUUGUACUGUUCCGUUUUUUUCUGUUUUGCAGGCCACUAAUGUCCAAUUCUGCCCUGAAAUCUGUGGACCUUUAAGUUCAUAUACGAAUCAAAAUUGUCCUCUGGGACCAAGGGUUUGUUGUUAAAUUACUCCAUUGAAUCAGUCUGUUACAGUUGCUGAGAAGAGCGUAGAGAUUUCAGCCGUUGCCGAGGUGAUGACAAUGAUACACUACUCUUGUUCACUUUAAGUAUGUUAUAGGAGUAAGCCAUUAUGCAUCACUGAAUGAGAGGUCUAGAAGGACAUGUUUGUUCAGUGUACAUGGUAAAAGAGUACAAUGAAUGUCUAUGCAACACUGCAUUUGGACCAUUGAUGUAAUGUAGACUACAGAGGUUGCUUUCCCUUGCUUGGAGCAUCAGACAGGAUCAAAUGAAGAUAGAUGAGAUAUACAGUAUGAAGAUAUAUUUUAAUGGUAUGUUCUGCUACAGAUUCCCCUAUCUGAUUGUCUGUUUCAACUUUCUGACUGAUGUUUAGCAUAAUUUCUCCACUUAUAUCUUCCUUCCCAGGCCUGUAAUGUCAACCAUAUUUAUUAGUCUUUCCUGUCGGCUGUAUGUUUUGUAUUGUAAUGUGUAGAGUUUUCCUUUUUUGAAAGAGACAUGUUUGAAUUUACUCUUGGAAAAAUGUGCCCAUAGGAGAACCCUUAGAAGAACCCUUUUUGGUUUCAGGUAGAACCAUUUUGGGUUCCAUGUAAAACCUUUUCCACAGAUGGUUCUACAUGGAACCCAAAAUGGUUCUACCUGGAUCCAAAAAGGGUUCUACCUGGAACCAAAAAGGGUUCUACCUGGAACCAAAAAGGUUUAUCCUAUGGGGACAGCCGAAGAACCCUUUUGGGUGUGCUGUUAGUUGACAUUGACUGUUGAUGUUCCAAUGGCAGUUACGCUACCCCUCCUCUCUCUCCAUUCGGCCUUGUCUACCCCUCCUCUCUCCCUCUCUCUCCAUCCUGCCUCAUGCCUUUCAUGAGGUGCUGAAUUUUCAGCUGAAAGUCUUUUGUCUGGUCUAGCCGGCCCAACUCCUCUCCAAAACACCAGUCUUCCUGACCGUCACUACUCCACUCCUCCAUAGUGAAUGCUCUCUAGCAGGCCCAACUCCUCUCCAAAACACCAGUCUUCCUGACCGUCACUACUCCACUCCUCCA